CAGGCCACAGAGAGUUCAGAAAGGUUUCUUGUUCUGGAUUUGAAGAAAUUGUUCCUUAGAGCAGUCUUACUGGCUCUGGUUCAGUUUUACUUUACAAACCAAACAGAAUUAAAUCAGUAUUUUAAUCCAUCAGGCCAGUGCUGCAGCAAUGCAUCAGUUCAUUUCCAUGAUGUUUUCACUGCUAGUCAUUACUGGGCUGCAGGUGAGUGUUGAGUCCGCAAGAAUACGUUCUGAGCGAAGCAUCGACAGACAUUACAGAUCAGAGCUGGCUGUGCCGAAUGGAGGGAGAUGGGGGUCGUGGGGUCCGAGGGAAAUGUGUCCAACUGGAACAUACACCGCAGGGUUCAGUCUAAAGGUGGAAGAUCCUAUUCAAGGAGAUGACACUGCACUCAACGGGAUUCGUCUUCACUGUGUUGAUCCGUCUAAAGGCUCAUCAAACUCGUAUCACAGCUACGCCUCAGUUCAGUCAGAUGUAGGCAGCUGGGGUCGGUGGACUGAUAUCAAAUGGUGUCCUUCUGGAUUCUUGACUGCUUUUCAGCUGAGAGUCGAGAAAUCUCAAGGAGAUGGUGACGACACGGCCGCAAACAACAUCAUGUUAAAAUGCAGUGGAGGGCCUUUACUGCAGGGUGACGGCACACGCUGGGGUGAUUGGGGCGAUUGGAGUAAUACAUGUGAAGGAAAAGCGAUUUGUGGUAUCAAGACGCAGAUAGAAGAGCCACAAGGACGAGGAGACGACACCGCUCUCAAUGACGUGCGCAUGUUCUGCUGCGAUUAAGGUGUUAGAGGACGACAACAAGAAGACCAAGAAGAUCAGAUGGAUCAUAAUUGAUCAGCAUACUGUUAUGAGCUCACAUUAACCAUGUCAUACAACAGCUAGUCAAAAAAUAAAGCCUGAGAUGUGAUCAGGACCUCAACACAGA